AUGCGUUCAAACGGCGGGUCACAAUUGGGCUACUCUUCUAGUCAUAAAAAUUUGGGACAAGCAAGUCCUUAUUUUCAAGCAUUAUAUGAAGCUCGAGUUGCUGCUUUUGGCAUAUGGAAAAUCGUUGAUGAAAUUAAUAAUGUGGAUUCGGACAAAGGUCUUACAAAAGAUGAUCUUAUUGGUGAAAUACAUUUUUCAAAUGUUUACUUUUCUUAUCCAUCUCGACCUGAUGCUCCUAUUCUCAAUAAUUUAUCGUUUAAUAUCAAAUCUGGUCAAACUGUUGCUCUUGUUGGUUCAUCUGGAUCAGGAAAAUCAACAUGUAUUCAAUUAUUACAAAGAUUCUAUGAUUCACAAUUAGGUUCAAUUCUUAUUGAUGGAAAACAAAUCAAUGAAUAUAAUCUAAAAUGGUUAAGAAAACAUAUUGGUGUUGUUAAUCAAGAACCAAUUUUAUUUCAUACAACUAUUCGUGAGAAUAUUUUAUUAGGCUCUGAUUCAGCUACAAAUGAAGAAAUCUAUGAAGUAGCUAAAAUGGCUAAUGCACAUGAUUUCAUUAUGACACUUCCUAAUAAGUAUGAAACUCUUGUUGGUGAACGUGGAGCUGCACUUUCAGGUGGACAAAAACAAAGAAUUGCUAUAGCUCGAGCACUUCUUCGAGAUCCAAAAAUUUUACUUCUUGAUGAAGCUACAAGUGCACUUGAUUAUGAAAGUGAAAAAAUAGUUCAAAAAGCUUUAGAUCAGGUUGCUCAAGGUCGAACAACAUUAAUAAUUGCACAUCGUUUAUCAACAGUUCGUAAUGCUGAUAAAAUCAUUGUGAUGCAACAAGGAGAAAUAGUUGAAGAAGGAGAUCAUGAUUCAUUGAUGAAAGCUCAAGGCAUAUAUUUUGAUCUUAUUAAACAACAGAAUUUAUGUCAAUUUGAAGAAGAAGAAGAAGAAGAAGAAUUACGAUUGGAACAAAAAGAAAUAACUAAGUUGAUGUCUGGUGAUGAAACAAAUAAUGAUUUAAUUGAACAAGUACAUCAUAAAAAAACAAUAGAUAGCGCAACUCAAUCUGUAAUAUCUGCUGUAUAUGGGAUGAAAAAUUCACUAGCAGGAUACAAGUUGCAUGAAAAUGAUGACGAAAAGAAGAUUGCCAUAAAGGAAAGAAAGAAAAAUACUACAGUAGAUAUAUUACAAAUGAACAAACCAGAAUGGAUUUUUAUUGCAAUUGGAUGUAUAGCAGCUUCAAUAAAUGGAGCCAGGGAACCGGUUUUUCAACAAUGCGAUAAAAGUGUUCAGAAACGAGAAAUUUUUCUUUGUAUCCUUCUUUAUGUUGUCUUGGGAGUUAUAAGCUUACUAUUUCAUUCAAUUCAAGGUUAUAUGUUUGCUCAAUCAGGUGAAGCUCUUACUAAACGACUUCGAUCAAAAGCUUUUCGAGCUAUUCUUCGUCAAGAAAUUGCCUAUUUCGACCAAGAAAAACAUAGUACCGGCGUAUUAUGUACACGUCUUGCAACUGAAGCAUCAGCGGUACAAGCUGCAAGUGGUGUUCGCUUUGGUUUGAUUCUUCAACAUAUUUUUGGAAUGAUAGUUGGAAUUCUUCUUGGAUUUUUGUACUCAUGGCAGUUAACAUUACUUGUGCUUGUUUUUCUUCCAUUUAUAUUAUUUGGAGGUAUUCUACAAAUUCGACUAACAGCUGAAUUUACAAGGAAAGACAAACAAAUUCUAGAGGAUGGUGGAAAGGUUUGUGAAUCCUUUGUUUGGUUUUCAUCUAUAUACUACUAA